AGAAAAGCAGAGGAAAAGAGAGGAGAAGAGAUCGAAGGGGAGAAGGAAAGAGUGCUUCCAUUUAAAACUCCUCACAGUGGUCUGUGGAAUAAAGGAAGGUUAGAGGAGAGGAGAACGAGUGAGGAAAAAGAGAGAGAAAGAGAGAAAGAUUUGAGUUAGGGAACUGGGACUGUAGGGAUUUUCUUCAGGACAGGCGGAGACAAGCGGAGGCAGCAAUGCAGGCGUUUCACUGGGAGUGUGUGUUCGGUGUAUGUCCGGCCUUGUCCAGGUACCAUGGCUCUGGUUCAGACCCUGCCUGUGUCCGUGACUGACCACCCCAAGCCUCCCACCAGCCUCGACAUCGUCUCCCUCUCCCCCGUGGUCGGAGGGCCCUGUGGCCCCGGAGCCACCAUGGGCUCCGUCAGCAGCCUCAUCUCUGGCCGGACCUAUCAGGAGCAGCGACACUGCCGGGCCGCCAGCGAGAUCCGCACUAAGCCACACCGUAACACCCCAACCACCAGCUGUUUCAGGCUCCAGGGUGAUAGCAACACCCUGCACAGCGCAAGCUCCCUGGAACAACUACUGGUUAUCAACAACCAGGCCCAGCUCCAGACCACCCAGCUCCAGCCGCCGCCACUGCCCACCAAGAAGCAGCCCCGGGCAGGUAACUCUGCUGGUGGGGCUGGGUGUGUGGCUGGAGGUGGUGGUGGUGGUGGUGGUGGAGGGAAUGGGAACUAUGGGUUUGUGACUGAGGUGGUGACUGUAGGAGACUGGAAUGAUAACCAUGUGGUGACGGUCGGGAGUCCGUGUAGCGACUCGGAGGAGCAGAGGGAUAACAGAGGUCUCAACGGGAAUAUUGGCGGUCCGCCACCCAAACUCAUACCUGUUUCGGGAAAACUGGAGAAGAACAAGGAGAAGUUUCUGAUCCGUCCCACUGCGUUCAAACCAGUGGUCCCCAAGAACCGUCACUCUGUGCAGUACCUCUCCCCGAGGCCAGGGGGCAGCCUCUCUGAGAGCCAGGGCAGCCUCAACCUCCUCCUGCCCCUACCUAUCAACGGGAAUAACAGGAAUACUGUGGUCAACAGCACGGGGAGCUACGGCAAUGUCGUAUCUCUGCUCUGCUCCUCCUCUUCCUCGGACAGCAAAAGGAACUCGUACAACGGAGGACGCAACGCUCGCAGCAGCCAGUCCUGCUCCAUGUCAGACUCUGGCCGUAACUCCCUUUCCAGCCUCCCCACUCACAGCAGCACCGGCUGCAGCUUGGCCCACAGCGAGGCCUCCGGGUCUGGGGGGUCCGGGGUGGGCCUGGAACCUGGGGCUGGAAGAACUACCAAUACCAACGGAGGAGGGUCGGUGACCCACAGAGUUCACAGUCACUCAACCUCCCACGGUCACUCUAACUCGGACAGCGGGCGUUCGUCGUCCAGUAAGAGCACAGGGUCGGGGUCACUGAGCGGGCGCGGCCAGCCCCUAUCGGACAGCGGGUCGUGUGGGCACUCACCCCCGCCUCUGGAGGGGUACGAGGAGGUGAUGAGGGAGCUGGAGGAGAAGCUGAGGGAGAGGGAUCUGGAACUGCAGCAGCUCAGAGAGAACCUGGACGAGAACGAGGCCGCCAUCUGUCAGGUGUACGAGGAAAAGCAGCGUCGCUGUGAGAGGGAGCUGGAGGAGCUGAGACAGAGCUGCUCUUCCAAGAUGAAACAGGCUACACAGAAGGCCCAGAGAGUACAACAGGCCUUACAACUACAGGUGUUCCAGCUGCAGCAGGAGAAAAAUAAGCUUCAGGAGGACUUCUCCUCUCUGCUGCAGGACAGGGAGGUGCUGGAGAGGAGGUGUGCCUCCAUACAGAGAGAACAGAUCCAGUUGGGACCGCGCUUAGAGGAGACGAAGUGGGAGGUGUGUCAGAAGUCAGGUGAGAUCUCCCUGUUGAAACAGCAACUGAAGGAGAUCCAGUCUGAGCUGAGCCAGAAGGGUGGGGAGCUGGUGGUCCUGAAGUCCCAGCUGAGAGAGGCCAGGUCCGACCUCCAGAACAGCCAGGCCAGGAGCCAGGAUGCUGGGUCGGCCCUGCGGACACGCUCCCUGGAGCUAGAGGUCUGCGAGAAUGAGCUCCAGCGCAGGAAGAGCGAGGCUGAGCUUCUCCGCGAGAAAGUCGGACGCUUGGAGGAAGAGUCGGCCCAGCUUCGAGAUGCCCUGGCCAAUCAGGGAGGAGGUUAUCUUCCUGGAGGCAAAGCGCUGGCUAAUAAGGGCCAGUGCAUGAGCCUGCCCCUCCCCCAUGGGCGUGGGGGUGUGGGGGGUGGAGGUGGGGGCCCCAGCCCCUCUGUGGGGUACCGUGAGGCGGAGGAGGGCAGGCUGGCAUGGGGAGGGGAGAGUGAUGAGGCCAAGACUCAGAGGCAGAGUGCUGAAGCUGUGUUGGGACUCAGGCAACAGGUGGAGAGGCUGAGGGCAGAGCUGAUGUACGAGAGGAGGAGCAGUGAGGAGCAGCUGGGAGGAUUUGAGGAGGAGAGGAGGGUCUGGCAGGAGGAGAAGGAAAAGGUGAUCCGCUACCAGAAGCAGCUGCAGCAGAGCUACAUCCAGAUGUACAGGAGGAACAGAGAUCUGGAGAGGGUGAUGAGAGAGCUCAGUCUAGAGCUGGAGAACAGAGACGUAGAGGACUACGACGUCCACAGCGGCAGCAACGACAUCCACUUUGAGGAGAUGACCGCUACUGAAAUCUAGAGGGGACCACACAGGGGUGUCCUCUCGCCCCAUUGAGAUUUAGAGACCAGACACGGACGUCAUCUAACCCCAGUGAUUUUUAGAGACAAGGGUGUCCUCUCGCCCCCAUGACUAUUAGUACCAGCAACCUGAAAUUAUCUGAUUUCCCCAUCACUGCGACUGAGAGGUCUGCGUCCAAAAUGGAACCCUAUUUGCUAUGUAGUGCACGACCUUUGGCUAGAGAACAGGGUGCCGUUUGAAAUGUGCAUAUAGAAUACAGAGGGUGUACCUGGACUUAUUCCCCUAACCACAGUAGCACCACUCUUUACUUCUCUAUGGACCGUAUGCUGUCAUGGACAUUAAGGGAGCAUCUCUGUUUAAGGGUGGUCCGCUCCACUAGACAUUGGGAUGCACCCUCCUCUAGGACCACACAGGAACAGCUGAAUACCUGCAGUCAGAAAGGACUCCAUCACUUCUUUAUUCGGUCUGAAAAGAGAGGUUAGUGUGUAUCGCAGUUGUUGAAGUGUCUUCCUCUCCAGAGUAAGAUUCACCCUCAGACCAACACAUCCUCCUUGCCUCCUCACAUGGGUUUGAUUGCCCAGCUAUAGUACCAGCACUCUACCAGCACUCUUUGGGAUGUAUACUAUGACUUUUGACUUGGGAAACAAGCAGGUAUCACUCAGACCUUGCUCAAAUCAUUGAAAGCAAUGGGAGAGUCUCGGGAAAAGUGCACAGAUCUCAAAUCAAGUCAAGUAUAAUCACAUCUGUAUGUAGCACACAGGUGUGACUACAUGACUAAAUGUCCCACUUUCACAAUUUGUGUUGUCAUGUUAUAUAUACAGUGUUGAAUGGAUCAGCAACUCAUAUAGAAGUAGCACAGAAAGGACAAGAAAUACUCCACUGGCCAGGAAAUAUGAGUUUAUAUUCGGUGGUAUUGGAAGCUACAACCUUGUCUUUUCUCAGUUAUGGAAACACUAUGGAAUAUUGUGAUGGAAUGUAUAAGGACUCUUGGCACAAAUAGCAAAUGCAACUAUUCAGUUAUCAGCACUGGCUAAGAAAGGAACUGUAGUCUACACCAACUCUACACUCUUCCUGGUUCAUGGAAUCUUCAAACAUCCUGGAUUUCUAUCAUUGGCUGCUUGUAGCGAACAUGUCAACAUUCUGUUCUGUCAUUGGCUUAACCAUAUCUGUCAGUUGAUAUUGACUCUCAUCUUCCCAAAUCAGACUGAGAGAUGUGGGGGGAAGUAAGAGAAAACCAAAAUAAGACAUCAAAGGUUUUAUGUGAGUGCACAACGCUCCUCCUCUCUCUAAGCCAACAUUCACCCUAUUUUAUCUCCUCUACAACCUCUCUCAUGUGGAUGACUCAUUAUAUGGACACAGAUAGAAGCAUGUAGCACCAUGAGAGAGUGAUUAGCAUAGGAAAUAUCAGCACAAAUGCAACCGCUGCCCUGCCCUGCUCUCUCUCUCUCUCUCUCUCUCUCUCUCUCUC